AUGGCAAGGAAGAGCAAGGGUCGCCAAAAGAUUGAGAUGACAAGAAUGUCAAAAGAGAGCAACUUACUCGUCACCUUUUCAAAGCGUCGUUCUGGUCUCUUCAAGAAAGCAAGUGAGCUUUGCACCCUUUGUGGUGCAGAAAUCGCCAUCAUCGUCUUCUCACCAGGGAAAAAGGCCUUCUCUUUUGGCCACCCUUGUGUUGAAUCAAUCAUUGAUCGUUUCAUGACUCGAACCCUUACACCGAGUUCAAGCACUACUCUGCAACUCGUGGAGGCCCACCGCAAUGCUAAUGUCCAUGAACUCAACAUGCAGCUCACUGAAGCACUUAACAUAAUGGAAACAGAGAAAAAGCGAGGCGAAGAACUCACCAAGAUUAGGAAAGAAAGUCAAGAUAGGUGUUGGUGGGAGGCUCCCAUUGAUAAGCUUGGUCUACAAGAACUUGAGCAAUUGAAAGUAGCAAUGGAAGAGCUCAAAAAGAACGUCGCAAAGCAAGCUGAGAAGAUUAUCGUGGAGGCAUCAGAACCCUCGCCAUUUUUUGGGGCAUCGAGUUCUAGGGGAGGGCAUGUUGGCUCCAUUGAUGCCAAGGGGUCUAGCCUGGGACUUUCCAUGACACCUCAUGGAUAUGCGCUCGGAUAUGGUCGUGGAUUUUUCUAA